AUGAUUUCCCGAUUGACUAUGGAGACUGGAAUCCGCCUGAUCAAGUGUAUUACCAAGCUUGUCGAACGGAUUGUCAAUGCUGAGAUUUCAGGCUUUGCAAGGGAUCUACUUUUCUGUUCACACCUUAUUGCUUUCCGAAAGAACGAUGGAGGAGUCCGCCCCAUUGCAGUCGGUAAUGUCUUCCGGAGGCUCGCAUGCAAAAUUGCAGCCCGAAGAGUCUGUCCCCGUGUUGCCGCUGAAUUAUCUCCAGUCCAACUGGGAGUUGGUGUUUCCAACGGAUGUGAAGCUGCUGUCCACGCGACAAGAGCUUUUUUUUCACCUGACACAAGACAUUCCCCAAAUUCCUUUGCGGUGAAGCUGGAUAUCUCAAACGCGUUCAACAGUCUGAGAAGGGACUGUAUGCUGGAAUCGUGCUCGCAGCGUACCCCAGAGAUCAUGAGUCUGGCUCACCUUGCUUACGGGUCCGAAAGUUCGCUUGUCUUUGACAAACACAUUGUCCGUUCACGGACUGGAGUCCAACAAGGUGACCCUCUUGGGCCCUUACUAUUCGCUCUGUCAAUCGACGAGGUGGCUCGUAAUGUAAAGACACCUCUCAACCUUUGGUACCUUGACGAUGCCACUAUUGGUGGCCCUGUUGAUGUCGUCUUGGAUGAGUUAUAUAAAAUUGUUCCUGCCCUGGCAAAAAUGGGGCUGAUAAUCAACACCAAAAAAACUGAGAUCAUAAAUAUCUCAGUCCCAAUUCAAGACUUUGGCUUAGUAAUGGAAAAGAUUUCAGAAAUCUUGCCAGACACAAAACAAACACGCCUCAACGAUGUUUAUUUUCUUGGGUGUCCUUUCGGAGAGUCCGAAGUGCAAAACCACCUCAGAGCUAAGAGUGUCGAAAUGUCCCGUUUUACUGAACGCCUCUCUCUACUCGACUCCCACACGGCCUUUUUCCUCCUCAAAAAUUGCAUCCACGUGCCCAAACUGUUAUAUUUAUUGAGAUGCUCGCCCUGCUUUAUACAAGAUGAAAUAUUGCAUUCUAUCGAUGAUACGUUAAGAUUGUGUGCCGAGUGGAUCCUAAAUGUCCGUUUCGAUAAUGAUGGGUGGACCCAGUGUAAACUACCUCUUAAUUCUGGCGGAGCUGGCCUAAGAUCCGCCCUGGACCUUGCCCUCCCAGCUUUCCUGUCCUCUCACUCAUCCUGCCGAAGGCUAUCCUUGGAGAUUCUACAUAAAUCCCCCGAAUCUUCUUUGGACAGGCCUUUUGAAGAUGGAUGUAUGCUGUGGAAGGAAUCAGGAUUAAAAUUCCCGAUCCAAACAUCACUCCAACAGAGCUGGGACAAAUUACGCUGCGAAUUCACCGCAGACAACCUGGCAAUGAGGCUCGACCAGCACCGCCUCGCCUGCUUACGCUCUGCAGCUGUGCCACACAGUGGGUCAUGGCUGAAUGCUAUGCCAAUUGCUGGCCUCGGAACAUUAUUAGAGGAUGACUGCAUGCGUAUCGGUACUGCACUGAGACUCGGACUUGACAUCUGCGAACAACAUCGUUGUAGAUGUGGAAAAAUGGUUGACGUCAAAGGUGUACACCCACUCUCUUGCAAACGAAGUGCUGGCCGAGCUCCUCGGCACUCCGCUAUUAACAAUGUUAUCUUAAGAGCUCUUGAGUCGGCGGGCUUCCCCUCGAUCCUAGAGCCAGUGGGCUUAGAUCGUGGAGAUGGGAAAAGACCCGAUGGAAUGACCACUUUUCCCUACUCCUGUGGAAAAUCGUUGGUUUGGGAUUCAACGUGUGUUGACACCCAUUCCAAAACUAAUAUGAUCUCUUCUGCUGUUUCUCCAGGUUCUGCAGCAGAUGCUGCAGAGCAAAGAAAAAUUGCCAAAUACGCAAAUCUUGGACAACGGUACCGCUUCGUACCUAUCGCUGUGGAGACUUCUGGGGUAACCGGCCCUCUUACGACUUCUUUCAUCAGAGAAGUCGGAGGAAAAGUUGCUAGGCGACGUGGGGAGCCUCGAGAAGUGUCAUGGUUAUUCCAACAAAUUGGAAUAGCUGUCGUUCGCGGCAAUGCACACUCCAUCAUGCGUGCAACCGCAAGUGCCUUUUAA